AUGUCUCAAACUACCGGCGUCUACGUCUCUGGCGGAAUCUCCGAGCCUAUGUCUGCUCAGCACAACUUCACCGAACAAUAUGAUCUGGAGAACCCAGAGAAGGCCAUGUCCUCGUACGCAAGGAUAAUGCACGAACACACUAAGCGUCAGCUCUCGACUGCGACCGACUCAGCACGCCGACGAUCCGAGGGUACCUCUGCCAACUCGAGCAUGCAUUCGUCCAGUUCGGUCGCCUCCAUCAGCCCAUAG